AUGUACUCACCAGGUGUAGGAACCGGACCUUCCAAGCUUGACAUGCUCACCGGUGGUGCAUUUGGCGAAGGACUAGACCAAGACAUUCGCGAAUGUUACAACUUCGCCUGCGCCAACUACAUCGAUGGAGACUCGAUCAUCCUAGUUGGAUUCUCAAGAGGGGCUUUCACUGCUCGCUCAGUAGCAGACUUGAUUGCCUCGGUCGGAUUGCUGACUACGGAGGGAAUGGACCAGUUCUUUCCGAUAUUCAGGGAUUACGAGAACAUAGGCGAUGAGAAACGAUGCGCAAGCGAGUUCCUGUUUCAAGACCUAAUCCCUUACCAAGGUGAGAAGGGCAAGGCCAAGAUCCUCUGGGAGAAUCAACGCAAGGAGCAAUACAAGCAAUGGCUAAAAUCAAAAUCGUGGACACGCGAUACAUAUCAGGAUAGCUCAACCGAAAUCAGAAUUAAAGCCGUUGCAGUCUGGGACACUGUUGGUUCACUAGGAAUUCCGCCUGUGCCCAUAUUUGGCAUCCGGGGCUCGGCCGACCAGUGGAAGUUCACGAGCACACACGUUUCCAGCAAGGUCGAGAAUGCGUUUCAGGCCUUGUCACUGGAUGAACCCAGGGCGGCCUUCCGUCCUGCCCUAUGGGAGCGACUCGAAGACAACAAGGUGACCAACUUGAAGCAGGUGUGGUUCCCAGGAAACCACGGUGACGUCGGAGGUGGCUGGUACGACCAGCAGAUGGCAAAUAUCUCUCUCGCUUGGAUUUGCGACCAGCUAAGCACUCUCGGCGUCGAGUUCAGCGCCCGUCGCCUCACAAGAACUUUCGUCGACGGCCUGCGCUACAAUGCGGCUCACCCCUACCCUUAUGUACCCCCACCAUCAUUCCUGAUACCCAACUUCGUCUGGAAACCCCUCCUCCGACACGGACACCCACGCCCCAAGCCCUGGGCCUCCUCGCCAGCUCUCUGCCCGCCGCCAGCCAAGGACCAAACCAUAGACACAGAAAACUGCACAGGCAAAGACCAUCACCCAGACGGCAGCCCGCAGCGCCUAUGGGAAGUUGGGCCGCCCCGCUCAUGGGCGCUGGGGCAGACCCGCCACCCGGAGAGCCGGCUGCAGCUCGCGACGGGUACGAUCGUCCGGCACCCGGGCUGCUUCACGCGAGCGGACCCGGACACCAACCACGACACGGACGAGCCCCUUGUUAAUACGGACGAGCGCAUCCAUAGCUGCGUACGCGUGCGGCUCGUGUGCGGGGGAAUGGGCAUGGACGACCACGGCGUGUGGUCGUGCCCGUCGCUGCUGCGCGACGAUAGCAACCGGGGCAGGCCGGUGUGGAGGCUCGAAAAGGCGGAUGCCGCCGAGGUGGAGCGGGCGACUGGGCCGCAGGGGGCGUGGUGGGAGGAGGAGCUCGAGAGGACGGGGAUGGGGUACGAUGAGAACUGGCUUUACAGGUUUCAGAAGGGCGAUGGGCACUGGCGGUGGGUGUUUGAGUCAGACGCCGUGGCUAAGAACGCGGCCGACUCUGCGGUGAACCCCCCUGUGAGGGUGCUUCCUGAGGAGCCUGUGACGGGCUACUGGGAGAGGCACCUGUUGGCUUUGACGAGGGGCCAGACGGACGUCUGGAGGUGGGCGGAGGUGAACUCGACUGAGUGGUCCGCGGCGGGCAACGGGAUCGAGUCGGUUCAAAAACAGUAA